GUUUAGUCUACAGUAUCAAUCAGGUCUGCAAAUCUGACGGAUACUUAGGGACAUGAUAUUUAAGUUUUGGCUAUUGACUGAACCAAACUGCAAGCAUAUUGUGGUUUUGCAUUUUUCUACAUGCCACUUCCCACCAGCUUGAAUCUUAAUCGAGGAGAUAGCUUGAAUCUUAUUCUGAGCGAAAUAUAUUCUGCUUAUAUAUUUCUGUUGUUUUCGUUACCUGAACUGGUUGUGUUGUCAGGUUUCAUGUAUUAUCAGAUUUUGAUGAAGGUAAAAGGAGUUGCCGAAGAAAAUUAGAGCGCCACAAUACUAGGAGGCGAAGAAAACCUGCUGGUUCUAGAGGUUCAGUUGAUAUGGAACAAGGGGCCUUGCAGAAUGAAGAUAUCAAUUGUGAUGAUGAUGCUGGAAAAGAUAGCUUAUGCAUAAGUGAUUCAAUUGCUGAUCAAGAAGCAUUGUUAGAGCUUGAAGAGCAACAUGUUUCCACUCUUAAUUCAGCGACUAUGUUGAAGACUGUCGUACCUUCUGCGCUCUCCCUUGAAACAUCAAUGGAUAGAGGAAAAGAUAAUGCAAAAUAUUCACUUUCUUCUUCCUACUGUGACAAUAAAAGUGCUUACUCAACUUUGUGUCCGACAGGUCGGAUAUCAUUCAAGCUUUAUGAUUGGAAUCCAGCAGAGUUUCCAAGAAGACUUCGACACCAAAUAUUUGAAUGGUUGGCAAGCAUGCCUGUUGAGCUGGAAGGUUAUAUACGUCCUGGAUGUACGAUUUUGACUGUCUUUAUUGCAAUGCCAAAGAAUAUGUGGGUAAAGUUAUUUGAAGAUCCUGUGGCAUAUGUACAUGACUUUAUUGUUAAACCCGGAAAAAUGCUAUCUGGAAGAGGCUCCGUGACUGUUUAUUUAAACCAUAUGAUUUUUCGUGUUAUUGAAGGUGGAACUUCUGUAAUGAAAGUCAAUGUGAAGAUGCAAGCUCCUAAGCUUCACUAUGUUUAUCCUAUGUGUUUUGAGGCUGGGAAGCCGAUAGAGUUCGUUGCCUGUGGAAGUAAUUUGCUGCAACCAAAAUUACGGUUCCUUGUAUCUUUUGCUGGAAAGUAUAUGGUGCAUAGUUAUUCUGUUGCAUCUCUACAUGGUGAGGCUGAAAGCAAUUCUUCUAGUUUCGAUCAUCAGCUAUACAAAAUACGAAUCCAUCAGACUGAGCCGAAUCUUUUUGGUCCUGCAUUUAUUGAGGUAGAAAAUGAAUCUGGUUUGUCAAAUUUUAUACCUGUACUCAUUGGAGAUGAAGAGACCUGUUGUGAAAUUAGGUCAAUACAGCAGAAGUUUGGUACAUCACUGUUUCCAAAGGGACAACAAUUUGGAGCCAAGAAUUUGUUGCCAAACUCAUGUGAGACUUUUAUUGUGAGGCAAAAAGCAUUUUCUGAACUUUUGUUAGAUAUAGCAUGGUUACUAAAGGAACCUGCUUCCGAAAGUAGUCAACAGACUAUUGCUUCUUGUCAGAUUCAAAGAUUGAAUUGUUUAUUGAGCUUUCUGAUUCAUACCAAAUCAGUCACUAUAUUGGAGAAAGUGUUUCAAAAUAUAAAGAUUCUGAUAGGCAACAUGGAAUUAGACAGUAAAGAUGAUAACGGUAGUAAUGAUGAUGCAAGGCUAUUACAGCAAUACAUGAACUCUGCAAGAGAGGUUCUUAACGAAAAAGAUAAAAGAAGCGCUGAUUCAGUUCUGCGUCCAGAGUAUGAUAUGGCUGAAACUAACUAUGGUUCUCAAAGCUCCUCCCAGGAUGAUAUCCGAUCUACUAUUCCAGCUACAGAUCAGGAUUUAGCAACAAGAGGAGAUUAUAAGUUGGGGAUGAUGGUGGUAUCAACUACAGCAGAGAGAAGUGAGACCGACCCGCUCUUAAAUAGGGAGGUUGUUAUGGAUGUGGACGUUGUCAAGGAGUGGCCAAGAAAGUCAUGUGGCCAUGUGUUUUCCGGCACAGUUCUCAGAUCCCGUCCUACUAUACUUUUAAUUUCUGUAGUUGCUGUUUGUUUUGGAGUAUGUGCAAUUCUUUUCCAUCCUCACAAGGUCGGUGAAUUUGCAGUGUCAAUACGUAGGUGUUUGUUUGACAAGUUCUAGAUGUUCAACAUCUUUAAUCCAGGGAACACUUUCUGUGUGUAUAUUUGUAUAUUAGGGAUAUUAACAGAUUAAGCAGCUCAAAAUCUCCAGCAUGUAAAUUCUCCCAACAGAGUGACCGGACAUCUGAUGCUUGACAAUUGUUGUUGGGGGAGGGGGGGAGGAUUUGGAAGCAAGAAUGUUGGCCUGUUUCUGCCAAAGGACAUUCUCUACGGCUUGUUUGAUCUUCUCUGUCUUCCAGGUCUGCUUGGACACUAAUAACAAGCAUUUUUCUUUUAUCAUUACAGUAUGGGCCUUGCGGAUUGAGAUUUUAUGUCUCAGUUGUUUAAAACUAUGAUUGAGACCAAUUUUGAGCAA